CGGAUUUUGAUUCAUAAACCAUGUUAUAGAUAUGUUGUCCCUAACGGCACACUCAUGGGCACCUCGUUUUUUGCAUGUUUCGGUUCAUGGCUAUCAUUGUCGGGACUGCUCUAUGUGCUUUGCUUUCUUUUCGGUGCUGAAAUUCCUAUGUUGCAACUGGUUUCAGUUUUUGGAUAUUCAAUGACAUCUCAUUGUCUUGUUUUGCUGCUGACCUCUAUUUAUCAUACCUCACAUGAUCACCUUUAUUUCUUCGUUUUGGUUGUAGUGUUCUGCCUACCUAGUGCUAUCAGAAUGGGUCUCCUGGUGUGCAUACAUGCUCGUAUUCCGUCACAUCGUGUUGUAUUGGCAGGAGCGGCAAUCGCUCUUCACACUGCUCUCAUAUUCUAUCUUCACUUCGGUUUCCAUGUCAUGCUUGAAGAAAUCGACGAAAUAAUAGACGGUACAGGAAAGGGCAUUGAAAAUGUCGUGAAAGGAUCGCUAUCACUCGAGGCAUAG